AGUUGCUUUCAGGACGCAGUUACCUUUUUCUGCUGCGUUUUGAUGCAAUGAUUUGAAACAAUUUCCCAUCUUUUUUAAUCUUUUUUUGUUUAUGCCAUAAAAUCGCCUGAUUUUAAGGCCUUUAGUCAGUAGGGAAUGAGGCUUAUAUGAUUUUAUCUGUGCGUCACAUAAUCACUGUCGUGUCGGUAUUGAUUGUCAGCUUGGAUUUACCUCCGCUCCCUCGCAUUAAGCAUAGACCAUAUCCCAUGUGCACAAAUAAGAAGAUAACAGAAAAAAUACAAACUGAUAAGCAGAAUUAUCACUAGGCAGACAGAUUUUUUUUUACAUGUACGUGUAACUUCUUGACCAAAAACCCACUCAGAGAAAAAACCCUUCAUACACAAGCACGAAAGCACCUAAGUUCCUUUUGAAUAAUUUUUACAAACCAAAUUGAACCGUUACCCUAUUUUUAGUAAAUGUCUCAAAAACAAGAUCCAAUUUCUAUUUUUCAGGAAUAUUGCGUAUGUUUUUCUGUGUUUUAGUUGCUAAGUUAAAUUCUUUGGCUCACUGCCAACGCACUUUUCUAUCUUUUCAAUCUCUCUUUCUCUUUCCUGCUUUUACCCUCACUAGUUUUUUAUCUGCUGAGAUUGGGCUUUGAGUUUGCGUGGGUCGCAGCUGAAGUGCUUCUUCUGUCUCCGCUUUAAGCCCGUCAUAAAUCCGAUGUUAUGUUUCCGUCUUUUCCAUAUAUUACCACGCCAAAUUAUUUCCUCAUUUGGAUGACAUUUAGCUUUUUUCCUUAUCUCGCUCGGUAAAAGGAAAGGUAAAGUGUACGUUCAUUUGAGCAGGGAAAUUGAACCCUUAGUAGAGGAAACAGUCUUUUUCCCUUAUCGAAAAGCGAUACUUAAUCCAUGUCCAAUCAGAGGAGGCUAAUCAAACAUGCUCUAGAACUGUGCGUGCGUCUUAUUGUACCAUACAAUUUUCAAUUCACUGUCUCACCAUCUUAUACCAAUCUCUUCUUCUGCUGUUGAUUGAACAGAUUUUUGACGUCACACUUCUGCUAUGCCGAGUACAAAACGGUUUAAUUUAAUCCAUUUUCAGCUCCAAGCCAUUCUCUGAAAAUUGCUAUUUUUCCGCCCCACAACCACAGCCUCGCAAAAGGUUGUUUAUUUCAUUAAGUUUUACAUUUUAAAAUUUUGUUUACUGUGGGUAAAGUAACAGUCCUGAACAAUAACGAGAUUCGGCUCCAUUCUGUCAGCUAGCUUUGAAGAUGUCACAUAAAUAAAAAUAGAAACCGUGCUCUGCUUGAGUUCAAUGUACUAGCGGGUCUUAUCUGGCACCGAAAUUCAGCAAUGGGAGCUCUCAACUUUCUGGACUCUGGGUUCAAAUUGUUGGGCCAUGACUUGUCAACAUUGUUCAUACAUUUCUCUCUGGGAUUUGUGGUGGCUCUGGCGUUCGUUUUGGUCGUGGUGUACAACCGUAACCGGCUACAUGAUGUUCUCAUCAAUAAUCGAGUUAAGCAAGGAAAGAGCUGGAUAAAACACAUGCGGAGACUCAGCGGCUUCGACAAAUCAGACAGCGGAGAGACAACAAAGACGUGUGAGGACGAAUCAUCCGAUUCAGCUGACACAGAAGACGACUGCGACUCGGGCCCCGAAGUGAGAGAGUUCAACAGACAGGAAGAGGAUGACCUUUCGGAUUAUGACGUCAUAUCUACUUCGGCCAUGAGCAAGAUGAGCAGGAGUAGCAGCACUGACACAGCUACAGGAGCCGACGAGGAGAACAUCAAAGGAUCCUUGAGUGGUCAAGAUGCAUUGAAAAGUCGAAAACGGACUAGAGUUGACGGGUCUGAACGACCUCUGAGCAGAAUUCACGUGCGAUUGAAGUCUGAGAUGAAGCACAACAGACUCGAGGAAGACACGAUGACUGAAGGAGAUGACAGUGAUUCGGAAAAGAUAUUGGCUGUGGAGCUUGUCAGAUCGGAGAGACGCUGUGGUCGGUUCAGAGUGAACCCAGUGCUCAGAUGGUAUGCCAAGGUGUCAGUAACUGUCACUUCCUCUUCAUCUCAUCUCACAGCGUCGUCAGGACGGGAAGGACGAGAAGAUGGCUGCCUGAAUUGUGCAGAGAGACAGGAAGUGUUCGACUGGCCGCUGGAGGAGUAUAAAAAUGCACAGAUCUUCACUUUCACUAGCACUCACUACCAGGAUCGGAAAGAAGUUCUUCUCGGAGACAUUUUCCGUCUACCCCUGAAAGGGAUGUCCCCAUGUGUGUCGUGUGGAAGUAAAGUGUCCAUAAGCUGCGAACAGUACGAGUACUCGGCUGGAGGCCGCAACACUACGGGGGACACACUUCUAGGGAAGGGAGAGACUUCAGUUCAAUGGAGAUCGGGCGGUGAUGCCGAUGAAUGGAAAGGGGAGGGGGGAGUUUCGAAUCACACGGAUGAAACUGAGGGCGGAUGCAAUGAUCUAUUCAUGACGAGGAUCAUCCAAUUAUAUGCGCAAUCUGAGGUGAGUGAAAGUUCUCUGUUGAUUUCGAUCAACUACCUGCCUCUAGCAGAGAGACUAUCUGUGAUUGUGAUGAAGGCCAAGGAUCUCAAACUGCCACAAUCCUCCAACAACAAUUCUCAUCCCCACAACAACCAACAAAGUGCGCCCCAAAGUGUUUAUGUGAAAGUGGAGCUGUUCAGACGAGACAACCGGAGACUGAAGAAGAAGAAGACCUCCACCAAACUCAGCCACUCCCACUCUACUCUGAAUCCAGUGUUCAAUGACAUGCUUGGAUUCCAGAUAUCCCCCUCUGAUUUAAAACGAUGUCGACUGAAACUCUCCGUCGUGCAGCGACUUCUGAAGACUGAUAGCAGUCGGCAGUCGCACCCAUUGACGCAACCUCGCGUUGCUGGAAUUGAAAACGAAGAAAAUUUUCCCCUGUCUCUCGGAGAAGAGUCAUCUUCUGCUCAUGAAUACACGGAAUCGAGUACUCCGAGCUACUACGUGUUCGGUGUGUUGUAUUUGGGAGCCAGCGGUUGCAGCCGAUCUGAGAUGGACCACUUCCAGCAAAUGCUGGAUAAUCCCAGAAUUCCAGUGGCCAAAUGGCAUCUACUCAAAUCUACUUCUUUUUAAACCAAAUUACAACUAUCCAAAUCUCAAACUGCUCAAAUUUGUGGAAAAAAUUGGACUGAUGUUAUGGUAAACUCAAGUAAAAGAAUUCAGUUGUGUUAAAUUGUGAACAACUCUCAGAAAUUAUACUUCAAGCGCGUCAAA